ACGCAGCUCCAGCGCUCAGUUUGCAGGAAGCAGCUCGAGUUACACUGGGGGAACUCGGGGAGGUGGGAUGACACCCACUGGAGUGAAGGAGGAGGGAAGUGUGUGGAGACGUAAGGAGGAGAAAAAAAAGCGAGUAAACCUGACAAAGCGUCUGAGAAACAGUGCGAGAACCGUCGGCGGAAGAAGAGAGCGAGACACACGAUAGACGCACUUUCCAGCUGAGGAACGCACAUUGAUGGAUUCUACUUGUUUUUUUGCAUCGGACUAAACUAUCCUCGUGUACAUUUGACGUCUUGCGCUCCCUCAUCAGUCGCUCCAAACUUUCUUUGUAGUUGUCAAGUGCGCUGCUCGGGAAAACUGGGCAUGUUUUGCGCCCUGGAAGAAACUUGGUGACGGGGAGGAAAGUUUCGGGGGGCGACAGCAGUAUGGUUUGUCCGAGCUGUUUCGAAGGAUAACGCGUGCGAACCCGGAUUUCUUUGCUUGGCACUGGACUACACUGCCUCUCCGGUUUGGAAUAAGCCCUAAUCUCUGAGUCGAUGCCGGUUGGUUGUGGAUUAGAAAGAAGGGAACGGCAGCGCCUCGCAGAUUGUUUUUUGGUGCGUUGUGGAGUUGGAGACAUUCCUCCUUCAGGAUUCAGCUCAUGCUCUCUCCUCCCUUAUCUGUGCAUGUCAAAGCAGAAAGCUUUACGAUUUUAGUCCUCCCUGCCCAGGUGAUCGGGUGAAUUCCAGUGGGUGACAGGCCGACCCGGCUGCAGUUGAUGGUUGGGUGGACUCCCUCAGAUGGGAUCAGUGUCCAGGGGGAGGUGGAGAAGAGGAGUAUGGGGAGCUCUGGCCCCCACUAACAGGAUGGCCUCGUGGGCCUGGCUGCUGGCCGUGGUCCUGCUGUCCCUGUUGACGGUCAGUGUGGCCCGGCCGCCCCUCACCGCCACCAAGGAGGAGGAGGCGACUCUGGAACCUGAAGACGCAUCGAACAAAUACCAAAUUUCUAAGCCCACGGUGUGCUCAGUGCACCCAGGGGAGGUGCUGAAGCUGAGCUGCCCUCUGCCAGCGACGGGGACCAUCACCUGGACCAAAGAUGGCAGCUCUCUGGGCACCAACAACCGCACGGUGAUAGAGCAGGAGGUGCUGCAGAUCCGUGAUGCCACGCCUAAGGAUUCGGGCCUGUACGCCUGCACCAGCGUUGGCAAAGACACGGUCUGCUUCAUAGUGAAUGUCACAGAUGCCAUCUCGUCGGGGGAUGAUGAGGACGAUACAGAGCGAUCAGAGGACGCUGGGGCAGACGGUGAGCAGUUAAGCGCUCCGUAUUGGACCUCAUCGGCGAAGAUGGAGAAGAAGCUGCAUGCGGUGCCAGCUGCCAACACAGUCAAGUUCCGCUGUGCUGCAGGAGGCAAUCCCAAGCCCAAGAUGCGCUGGCUAAAAAACAGCAGGCCUUUCCGCCAAGAAGACCGCAUGGGAGGGUAUAAGGUGCGUAGCCAGCACUGGACCUUGAUCAUGGAGAGCGUGGUGCCGUCGGACAAGGGCAACUACACCUGUCUGGUGGAGAACGAGUUUGGGGCCAUCAACCACACGUACACCUUGGACGUCGUAGAACGUUCUCCACACCGGCCCAUUCUCCAAGCUGGCCUCCCGGCCAACACAACAGUUCAUGUCGGGGAAGACGCCCGCUUUGUCUGCAAGGUCUACAGCGACGCACAACCUCACAUCCAGUGGCUGAAACACAUCACUCAGAACGGCAGUCGCUAUGGUCCAGAUGGACACCCCUAUGUCCGGGUGCUAAAGACCGCAGGUGUUAACACCACAGAUAAGGAGAUAGAAGUUCUCUACUUGCCCAAUGUGACAUUUGAAGAUGCUGGGGAGUAUACUUGCUUGGCGGGUAAUUCUAUUGGGAUCUCAUAUCACACUGCUUGGUUGACGGUGCUUCCAGCCCUUGAGCAAACGCCAGGGCCCUUCUCCCCAGAUUAUGUGGAGAUUGCAAUAUACUGUGCUGGUGUGUUCCUCAUUGCCUGCAUGGUAGGCAUCGUGGUGGUGUGUCGCAUGAGGAACACUGCAAAGAAACCCGACUUUGGAGGCCAACCGGCUGUUCACAAACUGAGCAAGCAGAUCCCUCUGCGCCGCCAGGUAACAGUGUCGGCAGACUCGAGCUCUUCUAUGAACUCUAGUACUCCAUUGGUACGCAUCACAACACGGCGGAGUUCAGCACACGAUGAACCGAUUCCCGAGUAUGACCUUCCCGAGGAUCCGCGCUGGGAGUUUUCCCGAGACAGGUUGACCCUGGGCAAGCCCCUCGGGGAAGGCUGCUUUGGCCAAGUUGUAAUGGCAGAGGCCCUGGGCAUCGAUAAGGACAAACCCAAGGAAGCAGUAACUGUCGCCGUCAAGAUGUUGAAAGAUGACGCCACUGAGAAAGACCUGUCUGACCUGGUGUCAGAGAUGGAGAUGAUGAAGAUGAUCGGCAAACACAAGAACAUCAUUAAUCUUUUGGGGGCCUGUACACAAGAUGGCCCCCUCUAUGUGAUAGUGGAGUACGCCUCUAAAGGUAACCUAAGGGAGUACCUACGAGCCCGACGGCCUCCAGGCAUGGAAUACUCUUACGAUAUCGCCCGUGUCUCAGACGAACAGCUCACUUUCAAAGAUCUGGUCUCCUGCACUUACCAGGUGGCACGGGGCAUGGAGUACCUAGCAUCACAGAAGUGUAUUCACAGAGACCUGGCUGCCAGGAAUGUCCUGGUCACAGAAAGCAACGUCAUGAAGAUUGCUGACUUUGGCCUGGCCAGGGAUGUCCAUAACAUUGACUACUAUAAAAAGACGACUAAUGGUCGUCUCCCGGUGAAAUGGAUGGCUCCAGAAGCUCUGUUUGAUCGGGUCUACACACACCAGAGUGAUGUCUGGUCGUUUGGGGUGCUGAUGUGGGAGAUCUUCACCCUUGGGGGCUCACCCUACCCUGGCAUACCUGUUGAAGAGCUCUUCAAGUUGCUGAAAGAGGGCCAUCGCAUGGACAAGCCUGGAAAUUGCACCAAUGAGCUGUAA